GAUAGCUGCACUGUGCGUGCAACUCGACCAUUCUUCAUUGUUUAAGCUCUCGUUUUAUGUUUUUCUCCAUAAAAAAAAAACAAAAUUUCAAUCAUUGAACGUUCGCCCUGCAUAAGGUGUUUUUGUGUUUAAUCAGAAAAGAAAAAGUUGUAAUGGCAGCGACUCAAUGGGUAAAAAGUCGUUUUCUUGAAGACAUCAAAAGCGGGAAUUUAAAGGGAGUUGAAAAUUACGUCUCAUGGAAAUAUCCUUUAGAUUUCAUUGAAAGAAAUGGAUAUGAAUCUCCACUGACAACGGCGAUAGUUGCAAAGAAAUACGAUAUAGUGAAGUAUCUAGUAGAAAAUGGAGUCAAUGUUGAUUACAAAGAUGGUAAAAAUUGUGCACCGUUGCAUUUGGCAGUAUACGAAGAAUGUCCGUUAGAUAUUCUAAAACUACUUAUAAAUAAGGAUGCAAGUAUCAAAAAGCAAAGUGAUGGCCAAUCCCCACAAAAUACACAAAACUACAAUGAACCUUUAUUUUCACCUAUACAAGAGGCCAUUUGGAGUGGACAAUUAUAUAAAGCUAGACAACUUUUAGAAGAUGGUGCAGAUGUGUGUGAGAUUGGUAGAAGCGACAACAUUCCCCUUCUGAUAGCCGUUGAAGGAGGAAAACUCGAAGCAAUCAAACUUUUAUUCGAAUUUGGAGGCGAUAUUACAAUGCAAACUGCAUUUUUAAAAGCCAUAACAUUGGGCAAAAUUGAUAUAAUUAAUUUUUUUAUUACAAACAAAGUUAUAAUUGAUUGCAAAUAUCGGGAAAAAUCUACACCCCUAAUAGAAGCUAUUCGGGCGAGGAAAUUUGAUGUGGUGAAGAUUUUAAUUGAAAAUGGCGCAGAUGUUAAUUUUACAACCGAUAGAGGUCAUAAUCCACUGUUUGAAUCAUUGAAAUAUUGCACUUGCGACGUUACGAAAUAUUUAAUAAGUAAGGGAGCGAAAAUGGGAGCGGAUUGGUUAAAGAUUUUGACUUUUCAAAUUGUGAAAAAAUUAAUUAAAAUGGAAGUUGAACUGAAAAGUAUUUUGCUGGGAGAUUUUACAUGUAAUACACUACUAGCAGCUGUGGAAACUAAAAAUACUCUUAUUGUCAACUACCUUUUGGAACAAGGACUUCCAAUUGAUUUGUAUGAUAAAAAGAAAAAAAGUCCACUUGCAAUAGCUGCCAAAAAUGGCUCUUACCACAUUGUUAAAAUUUUGAUCGAUGCUGGCGCUGAUAUUUAUUCAGCCAAAGAAGUAUUGGACGAAUUUGCUAAUCAAAAUAAUGAAUUAUAUGUUUAUUAUCAAAGUUUGAAACCAAACCUUAAACCUACACAAAUUUCUGAAGUUUCUAUCGACGAAUCUCACGAAGACUUUAUUGUCGUGGAAUGAAUUUUUUGAGGUUAUUCUUCUGUAUAUUUCACAAUGAAAAUAUUAUUAAUGAAUGUUCUUCAAUAGAACAAUAACUAGCUAUUUGUAAAAUUUCAAUUUCGUAAUGAAAAUUUCUGUGACUUUGAUUUUGUAAAUUUUUUUAAAAACUCAUUAAUAAAUCAUUUACAAUAAGCCUGUUUUCUUUAAUGGAAAUGUAAAACAGUCAACGUUGGCACACCUAACAAAUGCAUUCAUGGUAAUUUUGAUAAAGGAAGUUGGCAACAAAAAAAUCGUCUACGAGAAUUUAGAA